AUGAAAGCCAUGAAUGCCGAAACUCUGUUGCAGAGUCUGAUCGACAACGGAGUACCGGCGGCGCAGGAGAUACACCAGGAGCUGGCGGACGCGCGGCAGUUCCAAGCGGCAUCGCGGGCAGCUCUCAAGGACGCAGCAGUGUUCGGCCGAACCAACAUGGGGAGGCAAACCUAUCAGACAAUUCUCACUGCUCAUGCCUACGAUGGGGACGAGGGGGCAUCCACGUUGCCAGGCUACCGCAAGGCCGAGAUACUCGGCGUUGACCCGGCCGAAUUUUCGCAGCUAGUGGAGCUCAUGAAGGACUUCUGGCACAACGAUGCGGUAUCGCGCCUGACGGGAAACUCUGCUCACAUCUUCCGGGAGUCCAAGAGUCCAACUGCAAGCACACACCCUCGCCGGCAGCUCAUGGUAGAGGGAGGGGGCGAGACGGUAUUCUCCAAGUUCCUAGAGUCGCCGGAGUUCAACAACUUCAAGCGUAUCUGGAGGUCAGAGAAAGGCGAGGACAUCAAGGACCCCGGGCGCACCCGGUUUCUCUCGACACGGUGCAAGUGUCUGACGGCGCCGAAGACAGACCAGUGCGCGUGCAAGAUCCACACGCAGGAAACCUUCUACCUUGAGGCGCUGAAGAACAUGACACUGGUGGACCGCCCGGUAUGCGACUGCCGAUGGUGUAGCGUCGAGGAUGGCGACGCGAUAUGGAAGGGGCACUGGCAGCACUUGGGGACUUUCUCGGACGCCCUCGCUUGCCCAAAGGUGGACCUACGAGCGGGGGACCCGGAGGAAGACAGCGCGGUCAUGGGACGGAAACCGGAGUGCGCUUCGUCCGACUGCGACGUCUGCGGGUUCGGGAAGGAGGGGAAGGAGGGGGGCAUCCCGUUCUGCAAGGUGCUGGAGACGUCGAAGCAGGUGGUUAAGUGGAAGCGCUACGGCGACCUGGAGAGGCCCGCGAAGACGACUCUAAAAGACCAAGUGAUGGAGGUGGAGGGCAAGCUCUGCGACAUGUGGGCGGACUUCAAGAAGCACAGCAAGGUGUACAUGGCGCAUCACUCAAAGGCCAAGUGGCAGAGAAACUGCCACAACACCUGCUUGCGAACGUUUAGGGACGGCGACAUAGUCAUCGAGACGGACUUCAUCGAGAAGUACACUCACGAACCCUCAAAAGUCCUAACCUGCGCGAGGCACGACACCACUACCCUCAUGGUGGCCAUCGUGCACUUCUGCCCACAAGAGUGGGAGGGCGGCGGCAGGGUACACCUGAGCGAGACAUGGGUGUUUGCUUCCGCGGACCCUGCCCACGACUUCGACUUUCAUCUCCAUGCCCUAAAAAAAAUAGCUGACUACUACUUGGAUGGUGAGGGGUCUGCAGCUACUGCAUCUGCUAGGGAGGACAACCGGGUGCCUCGAAUGCUCAUGUUCACGGACGGCUGCGCCAAACAGUACAAGGGCAGGCGCAACUUCCGCUUCUUGUCCAACAGUGUGCGGGAGCUCGGCUUCAUCGUGGAGCACCACUUCGCGGCAACCUCUCAUUUCAAAGGUUGCCACGAUGGCAUCGGCGGCGUUGUGAAGAAUGCCAUGAAGAAGUCGGAGCAACUCGGCAGGGUAAUCACCGGCGCGAAGGGUGUAGUGGAGUUCGUGAGCAACUACUUUGCCGACAUCAGCAAGAAGAGCCUCUCCGAAUACUUCGCUAGAUGGUCGGCGUAUCGUAUCCGACGCGUGCACACAAAGCUCAUCGGACCAACCGCAAUCUACAGACCAAAGCGGGAUCUUGUGGGCAUCACCGGUACUCGAGACAACUACGUCUUCAUCGGGGCCAACACGCCCACAUCAGACGCCUCCACCGCUACCAGACUUGGGAGAAACGUAGACGUUCCGGACGUCGUGAAAAGGUAUUGGGCGCUAGCGAUGGGAGUGGGCGAAGGAGUGGUGAAGGGGACGGGGCUCACCGUCGUAGCGGUAAAGGAGUAUGUACCAUGGAGCAACGCGUGGGAGAGGAAGGAUGGUGGGGAGGUGGAGGGCGACGGGGGUGGGGACGAGGCUGAAGAAGACGAGGCGGGGGAUGGGGGGGGGGGCAGGCGAACCAAUCGGAAGCGGACGAGGAGCCAGAUGCUCGUGCGCUCGGGUGACGUCGAGCAAGAGGAGGAGGAGGAGGAGGAGGAGGAGGAAGAAGAACAACAACAACAAGAGUCGGGGGGGCGGGGGGCGGGGUCCAGGCGUUCCGGUCGCACGCGGGUGGAGAACGUGACAUUGAUUGAUCAGGGAUGGGAUGAGUCGUCGUCCAGCGAAGAGGAAGAUCCUUCUGAUUUCACGGGGGGGUUGGUGGGGGUGUGCAGGCGUUCCGGUCGCUCGCGGGUGAAGAACGUUACGCUGGUAGAUCAGGGAUGGGAUCAGUCGUCGUCCGGCAACGAAGACGAAUCCGAGCCGGAAGUAGAGGCAGCUCUGGAAGGAGGGGAUGAAGAGUACGCGGGGUGGAAGCAUGCGGGAGGGGCGGAAUCAUCCGAAGAGGAGGAAGAGGAGGAAGAGGAGGAGGAGAUGGGGGACGAGGGUGCUGUGUCAGGGUUAGAGACGGUUCGUGUUGAGAAGCGUAUUGCCGACCACGAGGUGUACACCUCUCCGGCGUCGUGUUUUUGCUCAGCCUGCCAAGUGCGCGAUUACGAUAAGUGUUUCGUGUUCGCCAAGUACCCGACUCUUGUCCCCAAGCUCCAAUUGAGCGUAGUUCAGGAGAAGGUUAUCAUGGAUACCGGCGUAGAUACCGUUGGGUUGGAUGGUGAGGUCGAUGGUCGAAAGAAAAAAAAGGAAAUUAAGUUCCGCAAGAAGAGCAGCGUUUGUUUGUUGCAGAGGGUCACGGGGUAGGUGUGUUUCGAAUCGUGGGGGAUUUUGUGCAUGAACAUGUGCCUGCGGGCACUAAAGUAUGUUGUUUGAGUUGAGUUUUUUUUUUCGCGGCGGCGGCAUGACGAUGAUGACGCUUGCAUCCCUAUAACUCCUCACCUAAUGCGAGAACAAAACAUCUGAUCCCGGAUUCGUGAUCCCCACCCCAAAAUUACCUUGAUCUGAAAUUUUCAGAUUCAUCAGAGCCAUUUUCAAAACCGGGGAUGUUUUGGCCCCAUCCCCGGGUUCUGCGUUCCGAUUCUUAGCCACCGGAAUAUACUAGUAUUGAUUGAAACCCGGGCAAGAUGAACGAACUUUUGUCUCAAAUUUUGCACAACAUCCUAACUUCAUCACAGGACCAUGCCAAAAACAUUUCGAGGCUUAGGGGGUCCUCGGAAGGAAUUUACGGAAACCCCCCCCAAAUAUUGAGCUUUAGCGCGGAACCCGCCUUGUCGGAAUAUAUAACCAACCAUUUGUGCACAUACAAAGUAUAGGAAGAUAUGAUUCCUCGGGGUAACUUGCCAUCGGGAGAAGUGGCAAGUAAAGCACCGAGGAGAUUUGUCUCUUCCGAAGUCCAUGGCCGCUUGCCGAGGGAAGAGAUGGGGGAGCCUCCGGCUCGCCCCUCUCGACCCUCUGGUCACACUCUUUUUCUACCUCUCUCCUCGUUACAUCUCACGAAAGGAAAUAGCCACCCUUGGCAGUGGGAGAAUACUGCCAGAGCACCGGCCUCUGUCUCUGACAGGGACUAGUGUCCUCAUUGGCGUCGACCUGUCAUCAUGACAGCCCAGUACCCACCUUUCUCUAGACUAUACUAGUAUGGACCACAUUCAUCGACCGUCUGAAGACUCCCCGUGUUUUCUCAACACGCGUUGUACGAUAAUUAGAUGUAGUCGAUGGUGUUGCAC